AUGGCAACUACUUACAACACCACCAACAAUAAUAAUACCAUCAGCAGCCCACCUGGCACUAUACACGGCAUUCCUUUUGCUCGCCCUUAUGGAAUCGACCCACAGGAUGCGCCGUGGCUGUCAGACCUGAUUGCGAGACAGUCGCUGCGCCUGUUUGAUGCACGACAGCUGCACGACCUCUCGCCUUCGGUCGCCUUCGGCCCUAACGCCGCUAUCCAUACCGCCCACCUGCCUCUGGAACCCCAAAGCAACCAGACGACCCUGGUCGCUCUCAAGCAACACCACCGCCCAGCAGACUUGAUCUCUGAGGUCCAUCUGUUGCUCACCACCCCGGCCUCGCAAUUCACCAAUCCUAUCCUGGGAAUCGUUCAGCUGGGCGACCAAGGGUUCACCUACCUCGUCGUCCCCUACCACCCCCUCGGCAACCUCCGCCAAUACAUCGCAGACCAACGGCCCAACCUAAAGCCCCUUUCCCAAAUGCAGAUCAUCCACGACGUCGCCUCUGGACUCGAGUAUCUCCACCAACGAGGCAUCCAGCAUAUGAACCUGCACUCGGCCAACGUCCUCAUCACAAUGCAAGGUAUGGCUGUCCUGACCGACUUUGGACGGCCCAACAACCGCGCAGAGGUCGGCAUGCCCCCCAAACCUGCAGAACAGGAACGGGUUCGAUCCUUGGCAACCGUCUUUCUUGCCCCUGAAGUGCUUGCCUCAAACCAAUACUCGAGUCAGAGCGAGGUCUAUGCACUUGGAAUGGUCAUGUUUGAGCUGUUGACAGGCAAAGUCGCGUUCGAGAAGGACUUGAGUCAGCCAGGGCUCUCGAACCGCAUCAUGUUUGGACGCAAGGACGACAUUCCUGCCAACAUCAAGGGGAGCCCUGGCACAACCUACGAGACUCUGAUCAAGGAUUGCUGGGAAUUGGUCCCAGCCAAGCGUCCUCACCUGUCCCAAGUCAAAUUUCGACUCGAGCAACUCAUGGACGAAUGCAGGCAAAACAAUGAAACGCUCAAAGCUCUACAACUCCAGCAGCAGCAACAAUACCAACAGCAACAGCAGGCCCAAUACAUGCAGCCUUAUCAACCAGGCUCAGCAGCACCACCGACACCGCCCUUACCGGAACUUCCGCCUCCCACCAACACGACACAACCCCAAAAAGUCGCGCCUGCGCUGUCGCUGAAUGUGAUUACAACCCAUAUCAUCGUGGCGGAUACUGUUCGACUGGACACAUCCCGCCUUGUAUCAGAGGGAUCAAGCAAAACAAACUCAACAACAAAUCAACAAGAUGCAACAUCGACUGCACAGCCCAAACCCAUCGAGGCCUGGACGAUUGGACGGGCGACAAUAUCGGCUACAGCACAACGACGCGACACUAUACCCAUCUCUACACGAGCCAUCGAUAUAUCCUCCACACAACACCGCGCCAGUCAGCAAACUACCCCAUCGAGUCCCGAUACCGCUCAGUCGUCGACCUCGCCGAUCGCUCUUAUUCCAAUCCCAACCCUACCUCUGGUCUCUCCAACCCACCACCACCCACCGCCACCCACCACACCUUCGGCGUCAUUGGCAACAGAAAGCGACGUCAGCUACAACAGCUCCACAACAGGAGCAACUUGGCCACUGCCACCAGGGGUAUCGAGUGCACCAAAGCAAGGAGGACAAACACCAUCGCCAUCUACCCCAGCUCCACCGACUCCGACGGCUUCAACCCCAAGAGUAGUGUCCCCUUCGCCUCGCAGUGCUGAUGCAAACGAUGACGCGGAUCUUGUCGUUCGCGCCUAUGCCAGCGUUCCCAGAGCUGCCGCGUCCACAAUCCCUGCUGAGACAAAACUUACCCUCACGCCGAUAGCAGCGCGUAUGCUUGCCGCUGCAGCCGCAACUCAGGCGAACGCAAUGCCUCCGACUCCGACCUCAGUCUCCCCCGAUCCAACGCAGCACUCUUUAAGUAGUAACAAUAACAGUGUCAGUGGAAGCGACCGCCAUGCCCGUGAAUCGAUUUUGAUUAUUCCUGCAUUUCCCGAACCGCCAUCCACACUCCACAACCGUCGCAUCUCCAACAUCGACCCUCGUUUCCGCCACUCACCUCGCCAGCUAAACCUUUCAGGACUCGGGGAACACUCGUUCUCGAGCGAUGAUUCGGGAUCACACGGACUCACGAGCCCAAACCGUACUGCGGUCGGAGCCGUGAUGUCCCCACAAGAGGCUGUCUCUGGAGCCCCCGUCACUGCUGGACUUACAGCUCGCACGGCAUAUACGCCCAUCGCGUCGUCAGAAGACGUUCCUAUGGCUACCCCUUCCAACAGCAUCCAUACGGCAGCCAAGAACGGUGACUUGCAAGAGCUGCAGCAGUUUUUGAAUCGCGCUCUUAGUCGGUCGCUUUCCAAUGGAUCGUCCUCUUCGUCCGGCAACCCCAACCAGGCCCAGAGGACAGGCAAUGGACAUGCAGGUCGUGGUUCAGCGGCCGAGAUUUUGGAUGAGUACGAGCCAAUCGAGCGUCUGCCUGUGUUGUGCUGUGCAGCGGUUGCCCGAAAGAACAAGUACCAGGCGCUCAACAUGGUCCUAAAGGCCGGCGCGAAUGUCGAUGGCAAGGAGCAGCGCGGUGGCAACAUGCCUCUGCAUCUGGUUUGUGAGACCGCGUUGCCUCCGCUAGUGGAUCCUCUGGUGACUCGGUUCAAGCAGGACGAACUUGACGAUCGGGCUCGGUCAAGGAGUGAAGUGAAUUUGGACGACCCAUACCUGAGCCACCUGACGCUUCCCGAGUUGGUACCGGCCGACGACGACACAGAAGAUGAGGAUUCCGAGGAAGGUCAAGAGAAGGCAUUAAAGCAGGUGGACGAACACGACGAGCAGGAGCAGCAGGCGUUGGAUCGGGUCAAGGAUGAUUCUGAGUCGACUUUCAGCUUGCUAACCACCGAUGAAGGGUUCCAAACUCUGACCACCAGACAGCAGUCAAGUUUGGGAGGCGCGUACUACCAGAUGAAGGAUCAGAUUCUGGUCAAGGGAGGUCUUGAGGAUCAGAUCCGACUGCUGGUUCUGGCAGGAUCUCCGAUCGACACGCCCAACCAUCGUGGAGAGACCCCUCUGUUACUGUUGCUUCGAUUCCACGACUCUGUCACAGCCCUGGCGACUCUGUUGAAGUUGGGUGCGGACCCAACGGUGAUGGCACCCUUUGGACCAGGAACCAACCCGGCCGAGAUUCAUGUUGACCCCAAGACCCUCAUGAGUCCUACGGAUAAGAAGCGGAUAUCCAAGAAUUUGCGUUCUGGAGGAGGUCCCAAGCUGUUUGGCCCCAAGCAGGGGGCGGUUGGGCAACAGUCACCUGCGUCAUUGUCAGGAUUGCCAUCGCCACUGCAGACGCCUUACAGUCAGGCCAUGACCAACGACGAUCCCAACCAUAUCCUAGUUAUGCAUGGCGGCGCCCUCGCUCACGCCGCAUACCAUUUGCGGAUCAACUGUGUCCGCUACCUUUUGGACCACGAGAUCGAGUGCAGUGAUCCUGCUAUUAUCGAGCAGGCGAUUGUCGCUUGUCACCACGCUGUCGCUGCCAAGGUGAACCCACCGUUGGUGACAACGCAGAACCGGAUCUUGUCGAUUCUGAGCCGGGACUGGAAGGGCGAGGCAGGGCGGAGGCGUCGUGGUCGGGUUGCAGAGCGGACGCUAAACAAGAAGAGGAAGGCGGUUCGAUCGAAUGUGCUUCUGGUUGCCUUGGCCGUCUCGACGUCUUCACCAUCAUCGUCGUCGGAGCCUUCCUCGUCUCCCUCGGCAAGUCGGGACUCGUCGUUGCACGGAUCUGGCGGACCAACCUCCCAGACACGUUAUAACCACCUAAACCACGAAAAGCUAUCGUCGUCUCUAGGACCAAUCCCAACGACACAUUUCUACGCGACGGAGGGGCCGAUGGGAACAGAGAUUGAGCUGGUCAGUCAGUAUGGGUUCCAGGCGGAUCAUACGCCGACGCCCGUAUCGAUUGGAAGAGGAGCCACACGGUACCAACUGACGGAUCGAGUGAUUGCCCCCAUCCCUAUUCCAAUCAAGACGAGCGGACUGGGAUAUGGUGAACAGCGGCAGCAAUUGUACCAGCAGGGACAGCAGAACUCUGCGAAGGAGUAUGAGGAUUGGUAUGGAACGAGCGAUCCCAAGAGCCCGCGGUCUGGACAGAGCCCUGGAGAGGGCAGAGGGCUCUUCAGGAAGUUCAAGAACAUUGCCGGCAAGCGACCCUGA